AUGGGCAACAAGCUCCGCAUGAUUCUCAAUGCAAUUGAAGUCCUCGUUACAGAGAUGCAUGCCUUUAGAUUCAGAUUCCAACCACAGCCGCCAAUGCCUAAGAGCUGGAGGCACACGGAAUCUGACAUCAUCAACCUUACGGAAAUUGCUAGUCAAUCAAGACACAAAGACAAGGAGGAGGUUGUUAACAAAUUGAUUGGUGACCGAGCGAGCAAUUUGCAGCUUACGGUCCUUCCCAUAGUUGGAAUGGGGGGACUGGGCGAGACCACCUUAGCUCAGCUUGUCUACAAUGAUCCUGAAAUUCAAAAGCACUUUCAGCUGCAACUCUGGGUAUGUGUCUCUGACAACUUUGAAGUUGAUCCCUUGGCUAAAAGUAUAGCUGAAGCAAAUGCAAAAGGGAAGAACAACAUCAAUACUAGUGAAAAAUCACCGUUGGAUAGCCUUAAGGAAGUAGCGAGUGGGAAGAGGUACCUUCUCGUCUUGGAUGAUGUAUGGAACCGUGAUGCUAACAAGUGGGGAAAGCUGAAGUCCUGCCUUCAAAAUGGUGGCAACGGUAGUGCAGUGCUUACAACAACUUGUGAUAAUGUUGUUGCUGAAUUGAUGGGUACAACUGAAGCAUAUAUUCUCAAAAGCCUAGAGCAAAGAUUCAUAAUGAAAAUUAUAAUGGCAAGAGCGUUUAGUUCAAAAAAGGAACAGGACGCUAAGCUUGUUGAGAUGGUUGGUGAUAUUGCCAAGAGAUAUGAGACUGGAAUUUUACCAAUACUCAAGCUCAGCUACAAUGGGCUGCCAUCGCACAUGAGGCAAUGCUUUGCUUUCUGUGCUAUUUUCCCCAAGGAUUAUGAUAUAGAUGUGGAAAAGCUAAUCCAACUAUGGAUGGCCAAUGGUUUUUUUCCAGAGCAACAUGGAGUGCGUCCUGAGAUCACUGGUAAACAAAUCUUCAUCGACCUGGUGUCAAGGUCAUUUUUUCAAGAUGUGAAGGAAGUCCCAUUUGAAGUCCAUGACAUUUGGGUUCCUAGAGUUACUUGCAAGAUUCAUGAUCUUAUGCAUGAUGUUGCACAGUCUUCUAUGGGAGCAGAAUGUGCUACCAUAGUUACAGAGCAGAGUCAAAGUGAGAAAUUUCCAAAUUCGGCUCGGCAUUUAUUUAUAUCUGUUGAUGGACCAGAAACAAUUCUGAAUGGUUGUCUAGAGAAAGGAUCUAUGGCUGUGCAAACACUGAUAUGCAAUGGAUAUGCAGAUGGAGAUCUGAAGCAUUUAUUGAAGUACAGAUCUAUCCGUGCACUAAGGAUCCACCGAGGUUCUUUCUUGAAACCAAAGUAUCUGCAUCACCUGAGGUUGACAUUAACAUGGACGUCUUCUCUAGAAAAGGAGGAAGAGGAACAACAUAAUACUAAAGUGCUGAAGGCCCUCAAGCCUGAUGAUGGGCUGAAGGUUCUAGAUAUAUAUGGCUAUAGGGGUGGCACUUAUCCGACAUGGAUAAAUACGUUGCAACAAAUGGAACUGAAGGAGCUUUCACUGAGGAUCAUGCCAAAUUUUGAGACAUGGUGGGUCAAUGAGGUACAAGGGGAAGAGUCAAUAUUUCCUCAGGUUAAGAAGUUGUCCAUAUCCGACUGCAAAAGGCUGACUGCAUUGCCUAAAGCAUCAAUGAUUAAGGAACCACGGCCGCCAUGCGGAGUUAUUAAUACUGUGUGGCGCUCGGCAUUUCCAGCGCUGAAGGAAUUAAAAUUGUACAGGUUGGAAACCUUUCAGAGAUGGGAGGCAGUUCAAGAAACUCUAGGAGAAGACGUGACAUUUCCUCGGCUUGAGAAGCUAGUAAUUGAGUCGUGCCCAGAGUUGACUAGCCUCCCUGAAGCACCAAAUCUAAGUGAAUUGAAGAUCCGAGGAGGCAGCCAACAAAUGCAAGUACAGGUAGCAAACUGCAUCGUCACUGCUUCGUCGUUGUCCAAACUGGACUUGUGGAUCAAUGACGACAGAGAAGCAGCAUGGCUGGAUGGCAACAGCUUGAUUCAAUUGGUGGAUGGUGAGGAGAAACGGAAUCACAAUAAAUCCCCUUCCCCUCUCACGUUACACGGGUGCAACGUUUUCUUCUCUCACUCUAGUGCUCUGGCGCUUUGGGCAUGUUUAGUGCAGCUUGAAGAUUUGCGAAUUUGGGACUGCGAUACUCUCGUCCACUGGCCAGAGGAAGUGUUCCAGAGCCUGGAAUCCUUGAGGAAGUUAGAAAUUUGUGAAUGCAACAAUCUAACAGGACGCAGACACGCUUCUUCUGAGCAGCCACGCCUGGAGUCUCUGGAUAUAUAA